UUCCUGUAAAUGAAUGAGGUCUCUAUGAGUAUUAUUGCAAAUUGAAUCUAAUUGCUAUGUUCAAUUUAUUCUAUGCGUGAGAGUAAUCACAUCAUUGCAAGCAAAGUCUUAAGGUCAUUCAAUUAAUUGAACUAACGGAAAUCAUCAACGAUAAAAUAUGGAUUCAUCGUUUCCGAGGUAUUGUAUCGCUGAAAAUGAAAAUAUGGGCGAGUCUAGUAACGGUGGCUCGUUAAUGCGUUAUUUCGACCCAGAUUUGUUGACUGCGACAGUUUGGAAAAAGAAGCGCACGCACUGUAAGUCUAUACGUCAUAAUGCAGUUGCAGGUAAAAUUAUUACUUACAGGGUUUGAAACUGGCGACGAGGACAUUUUAUUUUUUGAUUUGGUUUUUAAACCGCAGACGGAUUGAUUUGAUCGAAAUUUUAUAUUUCCUGUGUAAUUAUAACGAGGCUGUCGACACGACCUCAACGAAUUCCUAGCUGCUUCCUCAUCGAGCACUCAACACGAUCUUCGUUUUGCCCGCACUUCUAUUUACAGUGAUGACGUACACGAAUACCUUCCAGUAAUGACAUGUUUCUUGUUGUGUGCGUAACUAUUUCAUACGUAUAAAGUCGAAACGGAAUUCAAUACUAGAAGAACGUAAAGCCGCGUCCACAAUUAUUUCUCACUGUCGGCUCGUGGCUUAGGUGUGGGAAGAACCUUGAAAUUAUAAAUAAUAGAAAUAGACGAGCUCAAAUAGUACGCGCGGGAAAGUUGAUCUCCAAAGCAUUUGAAUCUCAACAAUUGUUACCACUUCAAUUGUUCCGUUGCGGAACAGUUGCGAACUGAUUGUUAUUCAGUUGCGCAUGAGUGGAAUUCAAAUCCGCUCGAAAGUCUGAGGAACGAGAUUCUGUUGCAUAAAAAGGAGUCCGUUAUCUACAGCAUUCACUGAAGAAUAGCUCUGCAGUGUUCUCUCAAGACCUGUUAGUAAACAAACUUGGAGACAUAUUUCUGGUCCGUAUCUGUUCUUGAAAAUUUGAGCGACUCGUUGGAAGCAUAAACGUACGUACAACGUAACCUAAGAAAUGCAGGUCCAGACGAUGCAUGAUAGCUUGAAACCUCUGUCCUGGCUAGAAGGCACAUGGAGGGCUGACGGUACGGGAUUGGGAAAAUUCCCAACGAUAAAGCCAUUCAAUUUCUGCGAGGAAAUUACCUUUGCCUCUAUCGGACAGCCUAUGCUGAAUUAUACAGGACAAAGUUGGCAUGUAGAUAGCAAAAGACCGAUGCACAGAGAAGUUGGAUUCCUGAAAAUCAUUCCUGGCACCAAUAAAGUAUCUCUUAUUGUGGCACAUAACUUUGGUCUGACUACCAUUGAAGAGGGAUAUGUAGAUGACAAGAAUAUUCAGCUCACAAGUCAGAAGAUUGCACGGAUUUCAGAAGGCUGCAAAGAACCUGCAGUUUUAAAGAUCGAACGAGAGUUCCGGCUGGUCGGGUCUCAGCUGGAGCAGAUACAACGCAUGGCCACAACAAGCGUCACAGAAAUAACGGAGCACAUUCGGACCGUUUAUCAUAAAGUAGACAACUAGAUUCAACGUCGUGUAUAAAAUAAGGACAGUUGAUCGAGAUAAGUAAAGUAAAGGUUACAUUGUGAUUUA